AUGGAAGGCCUUCGCCAGGUGUUCCGCCGCUGCAAGGCCCAGAACAGGGCUGCGCUCGUCACCUACGUAACCGCUGGUUACCCCAAGCCCGAAAACACCCCCGAUAUCCUCCUUGCUCUCGAGAAGGGCGGCGCCGACGUGAUUGAGGUCGGAGCGCCAUUUACCGAUCCUAUCGCCGACGGCCCCACCAUUCAGACCUCCAACACCGUUGCUUUGCAAAAUGGCGUCACCCUCGAGUCUACCCUUCAGAUGAUCAAGGAUGCCCGUACGAGGGGCCUCAAGGUCCCCGUGCUCAUCAUGGGCUACUACAAUCCCCUUCUCAACUACGGCGAGGACCGCCUAGUAAAGGGUUGCAAGGAUGCCGGCGUUAACGGCUUCAUCGUUGUCGACCUACCCCCGAGGAAGCCAUUGCCUUCAGGAAGCUCUGCUCUCGCGGCAAGUAACCUCUCCUACGUCCCUCUCAUCGCUCCCGCCACUUCCGAUGCCCGCAUGAAGAUCCUUUGCCAGCUCGCCGACUCCUUCAUCUACGUUGUCUCCCGCAUGGGCGUCACGGGAGCCACCGGUUCCCUCAACAGCAACCUCCCCGAACUCCUUGCCCGCGUUAAGCAGUACAGCGGUGGCAAGCCUGCCGCUGUCGGAUUUGGCGUUAGCACCCGCGAGCACUUUGUUAGCGUCGCUUCCCUCGCCGACGGCGUCGUCGUUGGCAGCCAGAUCAUCACCACCCUCAAGAACUCGGACCCCGAUAGCCUCACUGAGGAUGUGAGGAAGUACUGUGCCUACCUCUGUGGCCGCGAGACCAUCGAGUCGCUUGAAGGCGAUGCCGAGGUCGAGCUUGUAGAGAGGGGAGCCACCGACGCUGUUGAGGAGAAUAUCUCGCCCGAGCAGGAUGAGGCUCUCAUCGGCCAACUCGCCGCGCUUCAAGGCAAGAUCCCCAACCGCUUCGGCGACUUCGGUGGCCAGUACGUGCCCGAGAGCUUGAUGGAUUGCUUGACCGAGCUCGAGGAUGGUUUCAACAAGGCCAGAAGCGAUCCCGCUUUCUGGGAGGAGUACAGGUCCUACUACGAUUACAUGGGCCGUCCCGGACACCUGCACCUUGCUGAGCGCCUCACCGAGCACGCCGGAGGUGCCAACAUCUGGUUGAAGCGUGAGGAUCUCAACCAUACCGGUUCCCACAAGAUCAACAACGCUCUAGGUCAGAUCCUCCUCGCCAAGAGGCUAGGAAAGAAGCGGAUCAUUGCCGAGACUGGUGCUGGUCAGCACGGUGUAGCCACCGCGACAGUCUGCGCCAAGUUUGGCAUGGAAUGCACCGUCUUCAUGGGCGCCGAAGAUGUGCGUCGCCAGGCCCUCAACGUCUUCCGCAUGCGUCUCCUCGGCGCCACCGUUGUCCCGGUUGAGUCGGGCUCUCGCACCCUGCGCGAUGCCGUCAACGAGGCCAUGAGGUACUGGGUUGUUCACCUCGAGACCACCCACUACAUUCUCGGUUCCGCCAUCGGACCCCACCCCUUCCCCACCAUUGUACGCACCUUCCAGUCCGUUAUUGGUAACGAGACCAAGGAGCAGCUAAGGGAGAAGCGUGGCAAGCUCCCCGACGCCGUCGUCGCCUGCGUCGGUGGUGGCAGCAACGCUGUCGGCAUGUUCUACCCCUUCUCCGAGGAUCCCAGCGUCCGCCUCGUCGGUAUCGAGGCCGGCGGUGACGGUAUCGACACCCCCGCCACAGCGCCACGCUUACCGCCGGAUAGCCACGGCCAGAUUGAGAACACCCACUCGGUUUCGGCCGGCCUCGACUAUCCCGGCGUCGGACCCGAGCUUUCCUGGUGGAAGGAUAGCGGCAGGGCCGAGUUCCGUGCCGCCACCGACGCCCAGGCGUUUGAGGGCUUCCGCCUUGCCAGCCAGCUUGAGGGUAUCAUCCCCGCGCUCGAGUCUGCGCACGGUAUCUAUGGCGGUAUUGAGCUCGCCAAGACCAUGACCAAGGAUCAGGACGUCGUCAUCUGCCUGAGCGGUCGUGGUGAUAAGGAUGUGCAGAGCGUGGCGGACGAACUGCCCCGGAUUGGACCGUUGAUCGGCUGGGACUUGAGGUUCUAA